UUGAAUUUAAUAAUAACGGUUGAGAAUGUUUUUACUCUACUACUUUUUACUAAGUGCUAAAAAAUUCUUAAAGAUUAGUGUAAUAAAAGAGUGAGUUAAUAAAAGUUAGUUAAUAUUUAAUAGUGAUUCCUAACUGGAUUAGUUUUCUAUCGCCAAUAUACUAAUUAUGGCUACUUCUGAGUCUGAGCAUCAAACUAGUGAAACAUCCUGGGUAGAUGAUGAUUUGGAUAACACAUCAUUUGAUAGCCUGGUAGAACGAGUACAACAAUUAGUGGGUGAAGGAGUUCAGAGGAAGAAAAAAGUAUUUAGAGAUAACAUCGAACCUUUACAGCUUCGACCCUCUAUAGUGCACAGGGCACUACAGAAAAAAAUCAUUUCAAGUACACCAUUACUUUCCAAACACAUAAAUCCAAAAUUUUUACCUGAUUCUUCAAGUGUGUCCUCAAUAACAGAUAAGGAAUUAGAGGAACGCAAUGAAGAAAUUUCAAAAGACGUAUUAAAUGUGUCUGAUAAUAACCGAUUAGAGAACCAAUCAAAACGAAAGAACCAAAGUAUUAAGGGCAAUAAAUUGAAGGAAAAAUGCGUCAAUAAUAAUUUAUCAAAUGUAUACAACAACAUCGACAAAAAUAAUUGCACUCAUACUUCACAAAGUCCCCAUAGAGAACGUGGUAGCAUGAACCUGGAAAGAAGUAACAAAGUAGAUGGUGAUGGUGAUUUUGUUAUUCCCAAUGUGUUACCAGAGAAAAAAUCUAACACCAAUACAGACCCAAUAGUUUCCACAGAAGCAAAGUCAUCUAAAAUUCCUGUUUACAGUUUAAGAUCCAGAACUUUAAAUGAUUUAAAAAAUAAUACUGUAAAUGAAAACGGCCGAACAAAUUAUGCUACGUCUAAAUCAGUACUAGAACCAAUAUCGGAUGUUGAAAUAGCACAGGAAGUUGAAAAAAUAUUACAAUUAAAUAAUUCAGACAAGGAAAAUUCAAACCAAAACGUUUGCGUUGAAAAUAAGGUAAAUAAUGAUGUUGAACAUCGAAUAAGUCAAAAACCGCCUAUACCAAAGCCUCGAAAGAAACGAAUGUAUACUCAAACGGACACCGAAAUUACUAUUCAUAAUAACAAUAAUGUAGACCUUCCUACAGAACUUCGUCCAAGAGUAUCUGAAAAAUUAGAUCCUAAACUGAAAACAAAUGUUAGUGUACAAACAUGUACGGAAUUCGAAAGCCCUACACCUCCUAAAUACAGAAAAAAAUCACGACUGUCAACUAUUGUCGGGAAGAUUACCCAGAUAGCUCAAUCUAAAAGUUCUUCUAGUAACAAAUCCCGUAAUUUGUUCAAAACAACCCUACCGGAUACAGCUGAUAAAGUUAUUCAAACCUCAAGUCGUCCAUUAUCACCAUCUUUCAUAUCGGAAAGUAAUUACACGCAGGAUGAAACUGAGGAAGGUGACGUUAGUAGUAAUGAAAGUUCAAUUUUAAAUUAUACCAGGUUUAUAGAAGAGUCCCAGAAAAUGAAGAACUUGCGACAGCGUCAAAUUAAACAAAAUUUCUUAAAGAAAUAUAGGAAGAAGAAGGCAAAAGAUCGUUUAAGACGUAACAAUAUUGACUCUAACUCACUAAGGUCAGAAACCAUUAAUACUACUUCUUCAGCUGAAGUUCUUGAAAACAUUGACUUACCAGAUACCCCAACACGAAUUCAAACCAUGCAAAACAAUAGACACGUGCUUCAAAUUUGUAACAAAUGGCUUUCCGACAUUGAGAAAGAAAAGACAGAAUCAAUUAUAAGUGACAGAGAAUCAAUUAUCAGCGACAGAGAAUCUUAUUGUUCACAUAAAAAUCUCCACGUAUCAACACACAAUACAUCAAAAAGUAUACUCACUAUUAACAAAGAUUCAUUUCAAAAUAAUAUAAAUGAAGAUCAUGAUGAUGAAUCAUCAAGUGCCAGCAAACCAGAUUGUUCAAAUAAAGAAUAUCAAUCUUCUAUAAAUAAUCCGUCAAAAAGUAUAUCACAUGUCACAAAUAAAACUUUAGUUCAAAAUGAUAUAAAUAAUGACGGUGAUGAUGGAACAUCAUGUACUGUAAUUGCACCAAAUGCUGUAGUUGAUCAGGAAUAUGAAUCACCAAGUGCCAGAAAAAUAAAUUGUGUAAUUAAAGAAUGCCGAACAUCUAGAAACAAUCAGUCAAAAAAUAUAUCACCUGUUAACAAAGAUUUAUUUGAACAUGAAGUAAAUGAAGAUCAAGAUGAUGAAGCAUCAUUAUUUCACUUAAGUUAUGUAAAUGAAGAUCGUAGUGAUGAAUCACUAAGUGCUAGAAAAUCUUCUAAAAGCAAUCGGUCAAAACAUAUAUCACAUAUAUCACAUAUUAACAAAUCUUUAGUUCAAAAUGAUGUAAAUGAUGAUCGCGACAAUGAAAUAUCAACUGUAAUCGCAACAAAUCGUUCAAAUAAAGAAUAUCGAAUAUCUGCAGACAAUCGAUCAAAAAAUAUAUCAUCUGUUGACAAAGCUUCAUUACAAGAUGAUAUGCACGAUGGUCGGGGAUAUGAAUCACCAAGUGGUAGAAAAAGAAAUUCAUUAUUUAGCCAAACACCUAAGGACAAUCAGUCAAAAGAUGUAUCACAUAAGAAAGCUUUAGUUCAAAGUGAUAUAAAUGAUGAUCGAGAUAAUGAAAUAUCGAGUGUAAACGCAACAAAUUGUUCAAAUAAAGAAUAUCGAAUAUCUGCAGACAAUCGAUCAAAAAAUAAAUCAUCUGUUAAAGCUUCAUUACAAGAUGAUGUAAAUGAUGGUCGGGGAUAUGCAUCACCAAGUGUGAUGAAAAGGAAUUCAUUAAUUAGCCAAACACCUAAGGACAAUCGGUCAAAAGAUAUAUCACAUAUUAAGAAAGCUUUACUUGAAAGUGAUAGAAAUGAUGAUCGAGACAGUGAAAUAUCAAGUGUGGACGCAACAAAUUGUUCAAAUAAAGAAGAUCAAAUAAUAUCUACAGACAAUCGUUCAAAAAAUAUUUCAUCUGUUAACGAAGCUUCAUUACAAGAUGAUAUGCAUGAUGGUAGUAGAUAUAGAUCAUCAAGUGUGGGGAAAAGGAAUUCUUUAAUUAGCCAAACAUCUAAGAACAAUCGAUCAAAAAAUGUAUCACAUACUAAGAAAGCUUUAGCUCAAAGUGAUAGAAAUGAUGACCGAGACAAUGAAAUAUCGAGUGUAAACGCAACAAAUUGUUCAAAUAAAGAAUAUCGAAUAUCUACAGACAAUCGAUCAAAAAAUGUAUCAUCUGCUCACAAAGCUUCAUUACAAAGUGAUGAAAACGAUGAUGGUGGAUAUGAAUCAUCAAGCCUGAGGAAAACAAAUUUUUUGAUUAGCCAAACAUCUAGAACCAGUCGGCCCAAAAAUAUAUUACCUGGUAACACAGCUUCAUUUUUGCACGAUGUAGAUGAUGAUCUUCGUGAUAAAUCACCAAGCAAAUCAUAUUGCUCAAGCAAAGAAAUCCACUUACCUCAAAGUUGCUCAAAAAAUAUAUUACCUGUUAAAAAAUCUUUAGUUCAAAAUGAUGUAAAUGACGAUCGUGAUGAUGAAUCAUCAGAUGCCAGAAGAAAUCGUUCUAGUAGAAAAUAUCGAAUAUCUAGAAACAAUCGGUUAGAAAAUAUAUCAACUGUUAACGAAGCUUUGGUUCAAAAUGAUUUAAAUGAUGAUCGAGAUGUUGAACCAUUAAAUGUCAGCAAAUCAAAUGGUUUGAAUAAAGAAAAUCGAUUAUCUACAACCAAUGGUCCUACAACUGUAUCACAUGUUAACAAAGCUUUACUUCAAAAUGAUGUAAAUGAUGAUGAAUCAUCAGAUGCCAGAAGAAAUCGUUUUAGUAGAAAAUAUCGAAUAUCUAGAAACAAUCUGUUAGAAAAUAUAUCAACUGUUAACGAAGCUUUGGUUCAAAAUGAUCUAAAUGAUGAUCGGGAUGUUGAACCAAUAAAUGUCAGCAAAUCAAAUUGUUUGAAUAAAGAAAAUCGAUUAUCUACAACCAGUGGUCCUACAACUGUAUCACCUAUUAACAAAGCUUUACUUCAAAAUGAUGUAAAUGAUGAUCGUGAUGUUGAAUCAUCAGAUGCCAGAAGAUCACAUCGUUCGAGUAGAAAAUACCGAAUAUCUAGAAACAAUCAGUUAGAAAAUAUAUCAACUGUUAACGGAGCUUUGGAUCAAGAUGAUCUAAAUGAUGAUCGGGAUGUUGAACCAUUAAAUGUCAGCAAAUCAAAUGGUUUGAAUAAAGAAAAUCGAUUAUCUACAACCAAUGGUCCUACAACUGUAUCACAUGUUAACAAAGCUUUACUUCAAAAUGAUGUAAAUGAUGAUGAAUCAUCAGAUGCCAGAAGAAAUCGUUUUAGUAGAAAAUAUCGAAUAUCUAGAAACAAUCUGUUAGAAAAUAUAUCAACUGUUAACGAAGCUUUGGUUCAAAAUGAUCUAAAUGAUGAUCGGGAUGUUGAACCAAUAAAUGUCAGCAAAUCAAAUUGUUUGAAUAAAGAAAAUCGAUUAUCUACAACCAAUGGUCCUACAACUGUAUCACCUAUUAACAAAGCUUUACUUCAAAAUGAUGUAAAUGAUGAUCGUGAUGAUGAAUCAUCAGAUGCCAGAAGAUCACAUCGUUCAAGUAGAAAAUACCGAAUAUCUAGAAACAAUCAGUUAGAAAAUAUAUCAACUAUUAACGGAGCUUUGGAUCAAGAUGAUCUAAAUGAUGAUCGGGAUGUUGAACCAUUAAAUGUCAGCAAAUCAAAUUGUUUGAAUAAAGAAAAUCGAUUAUCUACAACCAAUGGUCCUACAACUGUAUCACAUGUUAACAAAGCUUUACUUCAAAAUGAUGUAAAUGACGAUCGUGAUGAUGAAUCAUCAGAUGCCAGAAGAAAUCGUUCUAGUAGAAAAUAUCGAAUAUCUAGAAACAAUCGGUUAGAAAAUAUAUCAACUGUUAACGAAGCUUUGGUUCAAAAUGAUUUAAAUGAUGAUCGAGAUGUUGAACCAUUAAAUGUCAGCAAAUCAAAUGGUUUGAAUAAAGAAAAUCGAUUAUCUACAACCAAUGGUCCUACAACUGUAUCACCUAUUAACAAAGCUUUAUGUCAAAAUGAUGUAAAUGAUUACGGUGAUGAUGAACCAUUAAAUGGUCGCAAAUCGAGUUGUUCAAAUAAAGAAUACAAUAUGUCUACGCGUCAUCGGUCAAGAAACGUAUCACUACAAAAUAAUGUAAAUGAAGUUUGUGAUCACGAGCCACUUAAUGUUAGUAAAUCAAUAGGUUCAAAUAAAGAACGCCAAAUAUCUACAAACAAUCUGCCCAAAAAUAUAUCAUCUGUUAACAGAUCUUUAUUUCAAGGUGAUGUAAAUAAUGAUCGUGAUGAGGAAUCACCACGUGACAAAAGAUCGAAGUGUUCAAAUAAAAAAGUCCAAAUAUCUAAAAAGAAUCGGCUAAAGAAAUCUGUUAGCAAAGCUUUGUUUCAAAACGAUCUAACUGAUGAUAGUGAUGAUGAACCAUUAAGUGCCAAUAAAUCAAAUUGUUCGAAUAAAGAAUAUCAAUUAUUUAAAAACAAUCAGCCAACAACUAUAUCACCUAUUGACAAAGCUUUAUUUCAAAAUAAUGUAAAUGAUUCUGAUGAUGAUGAUGAGCCAUUAAAUACGAGCAAAUCGAAUUGUUCAAACAAUCCAUCAACAAAUCUAACAUCUGUUAAUAAAAAUAAGACGGAAAACAACCCCAAUUUGAAAACUUGUUCAAAUACCGACGAUAUUAGAGAAUUAAGGGUUAGAUUAACUAACCAUACAUAUGACUUUAGACAGUCACCAGUGCAAGAGGCAAGUUCGCAACUGAAUAUUGAUUUAGGUUGUGAAAACCCUAUUAAUUUGGCAACAGAAAACGGUACUGCAGAAGGCCGGAAAACCAAUGAUGAAAUUUCCAAUGAAUGUGACGACCAUCGAGUUGUGAGUGAACAUGGUGUAACAAGAACACCAAAGAGAACAAAGGGACCAAAAUCAAAGAGAAGUAAAAUUGGUAAAAAUGUCACUUCAACUGAAGCAACGGCAGAAUCAUUAGGACCAUCUUUAUCUCAAUUGGAGCCAUUCGUAGAUUCAGGUUCAGAGUAUUUACCAUCUCCUGUGGAAAAAGAAAGAGAACGUGAAAGGAAGAAAAAUGAGAGAUAUGAGAGAAAAAAGCAAAAAGCCAUUGGGGACCAAGAAGUACGAAGGUCAGCAAGAGAACGAAAACCCAGAAUACUUACCUAUAGCAUGUGUAUUGAAAUUUCAGAACAAAAAUUGGGCCGUUUGCUUGGUAUAAGACGAGGUGAAAGAUUAACCAAAAGUGUGAAAAUAAAUAGUUUUAACCAAAGUAGGUGUCCGACACCUCUAGAAGUACAAAAAAUCAAGAAUGGGAUAAGAAGAAAUACCAAAAUUUCCACAAUUUCAGAAAAUAGCAAUGGAGAAAGUUCCUCAUCAAAUCAUAGCGCAAUACCAAAUAUAGUUCCAUGUCACCAAGAAAAUACAGCAGAUCCACAGGACAAUAUUAACGUUUUCAAUGACUGCCAAAGUCAUCAGAUGUCUAAUUUCUCACAUACGGAAAUCGAAGAGAGAUUGAAUUCUAGUUCGAAAAUUAAGUUAAAAGUUGUUGAAAAUGAAGUAAGAUUCAAACGUAAAGGUGAUAAUUUAAGAUAUUCGGAUUUAUUAACUGAUAAAAAUGGAAGUUCUAUGCUAUACCUGGAGAUUCCACCUGGAGAGAGUAAGAGACCACAUAAAAGUUGGAAAUUUAAUCUGUUCUAUUUUGUAAAUAAGGGUAGAGGAAAAGUGAACAUUGACGGAACACUUUCUGAGUUUCGAAAAGGAGGUCGAUUUUUUGUCCCUAAAGGUGUAACAUACUCAAUACUAAAUGAGCUCAAAACGAAACCCAUGAUAUUAGCUUGUGUGAGGACACCAGUAUGAUACCUUUGUACGACUAUAUGCAUUUAUAAAAAAAAAGAUUUUAUAAAAAAAGUUUACAUUUUCAUUAAUUUUUUUUUAAUUUAUUGUAAUAUAUUGUUAUCAAUAUUGUAUUAUAUGUUCAUCCAUA